CUGGAAUUCACCCCUAUACGAGUUCUAAAUUCAGACUUUUACUUUCAAUUUAGGACGAAGAUCUCCUUCAAAACGGGAGCGGCAACAGCGGUAACCGUGACACCGUUCUAUACCCUGAAGCCAGAAUUACCGCCGAAAAGUCCAAUGCUUGGCAGCUCAGAUCUGUUGACUGCAUACGACUUGGGAGCAGUGUAUAGUCGAUAUUGUGGAGCGAAAAGGAUGCGUGAAGAUCUGAAUUCAUUUUUACCCCAAAUAUAUGGAAAUUUCAACUUUUCUCAGGCUCAGGAUAUUAGUUCCCUAAAGAUGUUGGUAGAGAAGCCACCAAUAACUGGUAAGGAAAUCAAUACGUUGUCUUCCACGGCAAUGAGUGGAUUUCGUCUUACACCUGGUCCUGUUGAUGAAAAACGAAAGGACUUCGGUGUUGGUCAAAGAUAUAAGAACUCCUUAGACAGCUUAGAUGGUGAGUGCGGAAUUCCAUUAAGGGACUUUUUGCUGUUAACUUUAUACAGUGCUGGAAAGUGUUUAUACAGUUUAUACAGUCCCAUUUUUGUUUUGAAUUCACUUGACUUCACAAUGUUUACUUUUUAUUUUCUGUCUUCUAUAAUUUUUUAUGGCAAGGUAUUAAGCGAAAUACAACCACAACAUUGCUGA